AUGGAAUCAAAUUGUGCCAUAUGUUUGGAACAAUUAAAAUAUCCGCUUGGAAGACCAGAUAAUUGUAAGCACAAAUUCUGUUUUAAAUGUAUUCGCGAUUGGUUAAAAAAGCGAUCACAAUGCCCACUUUGUGGUGGAGAGCCAAAAUAUCUAAUUAAAAUUGAAGAAACAAAAAAUGAAAGAAAAGUGCCAGUAAAAAAAAGAACAAAGGAACAAUUUAAAAAUGAGCUUCAUGCCCAAGAACAACUGGAAAAUGAUCAAGGCGGCCCUUCAAAUGAAGAUAUUACCAUUGAAUAUGCAAACUGCCGAUCAUGCAGAAGUUCAGAUAAUGAACAUUUACUGCUACUCUGCGACGGAAACAUUGGUCAAAAUGCUGAUGGUUCUACGAUUCGCUGUAAUGUCGCCUAUCAUUGCUAUUGCUUACCGGAGAAACUGGAGCGAAUCCCGGAAAAUGACCGAUUUUGUCCAUUCUGCGAAAAUAAACCAGAAAAUGCACAGCAUUUUGUAGGACAAACAAAUUUAAAUGUUUCACGUUCAGAAGAAGCUGGUAGUAGUAGUUCAAGACAAUUAAAGAAUGAGACUGAUGUAUCGAAAUGUCAUCUAAGCGGAUGUUUGGAGCAAGGUAAUACGAAAAUAGAAACUGGAUGCAGCAAAAUUAGAAAUUCCGAAUCAACGCUUAUUCAAGAUGCUUAUGGUGAUUCGGAUACGGAAAGUGAAUCAAGAGACUAUAGUAAUGAAAAGAGUGAAUUAUAUUCAACAAGUGAUGCAACUAGUGAUGAUUAUGAUGAUAGCAACGAAAUAACAGUCGAAAAUACUGGCGGCAAAAAUUCUUAUGAAUUACAAAUCAUUCUACCUAAUAUUUUACGUUUGCGUGCUAUACGGACAAAUUUUGAUGUAUUGGACGACGACGACGACGAUGACGAUGACAGUGAUGAUGGUGAGGAUGAUGAUGAUGAUGAUGAUUGUAACGAAUCAGAUGAAACAGAUUCUGAGCAAAAAUUCCACCAAGCGAUAUUUCGCGAUAAUUACAGACGAAGAAGAGGAAUGAAGCGUAAUCAAGGAAUUACAUAUCGCCGAUAA